AUGACAGGGAUGACACGGAACAGAGACUUCAUGGGGCUCGAUGCUGAUAGCGACAAGAGCAAUAGUCUUGCAGAAGCUUUUAAACUUUCCCCCCCUCCCUUGGCUCAAUUCAAUGCGAAUUAUACAGCAUGUGCCUAUCCGACUGGGAAUCUUCGUCAGCGAGAGCUCCAAUUUAGUCAAGGUGACACCUGGACUGGGAUACAAUUGAGUGCAGCUGCAGCCGUCUCCUACUUUUUAAAGUCUACUUGGUAUGAAGGAACUCUUGCAGAUUAUCAGAUACUGUCGAACUGUAUUGGUGCUCUUGUUGGUGCCGAUGUUGGUUUGGAUCUGCUGCUUCAGGUCUUUCAGGAGGGAAGUGGCUUUGCUCCAGCAAUCAGUGAGGAAGAGGACCCCAGUCGGCAGAUAACAAUUACCGACACCGGUGUCUUCGAGUGUGUUCCUGUCACUACUAUUGCCAUUUUUGGUAUCCAGGUUUGUUGGGACCAAGCUUCGGGAGCAGAUGCCGGCCAAUUUGUCGAGAUUACCUUUGGGCCAAGUUUUGGGGCUGCCCUUGGAGGCUACUCUGUUUGCUACGCCGCUUUUACUGCCACUUCGAAACUUUGA